UCUCAGGCUCCACCCCUUUUUCCUCAAAAACUGAAUAACAUGGAGCAGGAAAAGCGGAAGUGCUUUUUAAAUCCGUUGUGGUGAUUUGUUUUUAUUUUUUCCCGGACGUUAUAUGCAUUGGUCCCGCGCGACCUGCUCCUACUACUGCGCGUGCUGUGUCCUGCUGAGUUCGGCGCGAGCCGUUCACCGGCAUCACGACGCAGCGCGGGCGCGCGCACUUAAACCGGAGGAUAGCGUACGGGAUGAGCGCGUCACCGCGGGCCAGUGCUCCAGUGGACUUAAUCAGAAGAAUUAGUCUAAUCAUUUGGACCAUGGUGCAGAUGGGGUCUGCUGUAAAGUCAACAGAACUUGGGAUCCAGUUCCUGAAAUGCGCUCAGGUGGUAACAGAAAGUGAGUUUCCCCUGGUAAAUGUCUACCUGGUGGUCAAAAACCUUGAGGAUGGAAUAGAACUAUCACAACUCAGUAUACGCGACACCAUCUCUGACCUGAUCAGCAUGCAGAGCAAUGGGAAAGUGCAGGACAAACAAUACCAAACCUUCAGCACAGACACACUGCAUGCUGGUUCCAGUUAUUCUGUGUCAUACACAGUGAGUCUGAAAGGAAGUACAAAUGAAGAUCUGUUUUUGCCGGCUUUCCUCACCUUCUCUAGCAUAUCUCAGAAUGAUAUCAGUUUAUUCGGCCCCGUGGUGGCGAAUUUCACUCUGAGGAUAAAUACUACAGACAAGGUGUGUGCGGCUUAUGCCGUACACUUCGCAGGAUUCUGUGUGGCUUUUCUGAUCUCCACACUGCUGCUGUCUUUCGCACUGCUCACCGCCAGCUGCUUCUACAAGAAGUGCUUAAUGCGCACUCGUCAUCAUGGGGAGAGGCGGCGCUUCCGUGUAGAGGCGGAGCCAGAGGAGGCUGUUUCUAACACCAGCGACACAGCCAGUGAGGACGCUGCCUUUGAGGAUCGAAUCAUUGACAUCAUGGCCCUUGAGGAUCCACAGGACAUGUUGCAUUCUCUGGACAAUUUGGAGAUGUCCUGUCUGUUGCGCGGUGCCGUGAUGGCGGAGUGUCUGCGUGCACAGAUGCUGAAAGGCAUGUUCAGGGUGUUAACAGCCAGCGUAGGCGGUAACGAAGUAAGCAUGGUGGACCUGCUCAGUCACGUGACCGACAUGCAGGAGGACCAGAAGUCACAACUUAACACGCACACUGCCGUGGAAGCGUGCGCCGAGCAACAGGAUGCGGAUCAUCGGCGCUUGGAGGCGUUACGCAGGAGAGAAGAACUUCACAGCAUCAUUUGCGAAGAAAUAGAGGAGGCGGCCAUGUCGGGAGGAACGCACUUGGCCAAUCAGCUACUCCACAGAUACUAUACCUGUCAGGAUCAGCUGGAGUCCUUGCUAGAUCUGUUCAUAGCCAAUCAGAGAGCGGCGCUGAGCGAGCAGCAUGCGCAGCGGCGCUUCCUGUUGCAGGGUUUGCAAGAUCUCCAGCGUUCAAUGUGCGACAUGUUCAGCGUUUUCUCUCGACACAUCGACAGCUGGUUUGGACGCAUCCGCAGGGAGGGUGUUCUCUCCGAUCAACACUGUGUUCAGCAGUUGGAGCACGUCCAGUCAGAGCUCCAGCGUGUCCGAAAAAGUUUUGAGGAAACGCUGGGUAGAGAGCGUAGCUCGGCUCAUUGUGACAUCAUCAAAACGAGACGAGCGCGCAUCGCUGAUGCGCUAUGCGAGCAGAAGCGUGAGCGGCAGGAUAUGGUGUGUGGGAGUGUGUGUGUCGGGCCGCUGGAGGACUACCUGAUACGCUGGCAGUCACUCCUUUGUGCUCAAAACACACACCUCUCAGAACUUAUUACACACUUGGACCAGGAGGCAGCAGCAAAUAUACGCCGGGUAUUGGUGUGUGUAUUGCGAGAUGCUGUAGCCGACCUGAAGCAGGUGGAGUGCGAGACAAGUGAGUCACUGCAGGACGCAGGUGUCCCACGUUGGCUCCUCCUUCAGAUGAGGGCGGGAUCAGUGGUCGGCGGAUGCCUGGCCGACACCGAGGCGGAGCUUGGCGUUCGGAAGAGGGAGGCGGCUAAAACGCUGCGGCUGACACGCAGCACAAUUCAGCAAAUCCGAGAGCAGGAGCUGAAGCAGCAGAAAGAAAGGAGGGAGAGGAUACACACAUUCUGCAGGAGUGUAUGGGAGGGUCAGUGCUCUCUGUCUGAGAUUGAUGUACUGCGCUUGCAGUUGGAGUACGUGAAGAGUGCGUGUCAUCUGGAUCGCUGCCUGGUUCUGCCACGAGAGUGUGGCUGCAAUACUCCGACCAAUCAGAUCACACAGAACAAACACGCUCUCGGCCAUGCCCCUGGUGACCCCUGCCCGAUCUCCACAAAUGCACAGGUUUGCGUGUGCGAAGAGGAGAUGAGUGCGUGCGAGGACAGAGUGGCGAUGCAGGUUGCGGCUGUGCAGUGGGACAAAGCGGAGCGGAAGAACCGGGUUCUGGAAACGCACUUUGCUAUGCUGACGCUGCAAAUGCUGCUCAUGCAGACCGUCUCCUGCACACCUGCCGAGGAAGAGCUCUCGCACGCCAUACACACACACAGCCUGGCAUUGGAGGAGGCGGAGCUACUUUUCCAGAAGGAGGAGUCUGAGUGGGAGCGCUCCAUGGAUGCGCAUGGUCACAAUGAACUCUUGAACCCUGAUGAGGAAGACACGUUCCGAGUGAACACAGAGUGCCCAGUCGCCGAGUGCCUGCAGGAGGCACUUUGUAAGAGACAGCAGCUGACACACACCCUCACUGAGAGGUUGAGGAUGGAGAUCAGGAGGCAGCAGGUGAUGGAGGAUCUGAGGGAACAGCAUGAGUUAAAGAGGCUUUACACACAUUUUGAUCAGGAUCUUCUCCUUGUUGCCCUGCUCGUCAAAAUCACUGGUGUUUCAGAACCAGUUCUCCAGCAACUCCUGUGCCUCCUGCUGCCUACACAGACUGAAGAAGAACUACAAUCCUCAUACACACACUUGCACCUAAAGAAGGACGGAUAUUUGGACCCUGCUGCCAUCUGGUGGACAGACUAAGGAAUGAGGUUGUCAGCAAAAACAAGUCACAUGGCUCUUACACAUAUAGCGACAGAAUGCACAAGAAAAAGCAGAAGCUCAUAGAAAAGCUCUUCUUGAGAUCACAUGCAGACGAUUUAGAACACAACCCGCUGCCAGCAAACAGCCAACCCAUUACUGCACCUACUACACAAAAGGAAGAAGCUUCUGCUGUGGUGGGAGAAACCAAAACGGAGGAAAUAGUGUGUACAAGUCAUGCUGGUAAGGUGGAAGUGGCAGCAGGUAUUGAAAUGACAGAAGAAAGACUCUUCACUGUUUGUUGUGCACCAGGAGGAAACCUGGAACACACACACACGGGACCUGGUACACACACUACACAAACACAGCACAACGCAGAAGCAUCCCACGUGUCACAGAGUCGCAGGAGGCGGCGGAAGUUCAAGUUGAAAAAGGGAGCAGUGGCUCCUUUAGAGCAGACUUGAUGAAGUUGAGAGAUACAAAGAAUUAGAAAUCAGAAGCAAGAGAGAAUGAUGGAUGGAAACAGAAAUAAAUGUAAGAGUGUGUUGAAAAAAAAAUCUUUUACAAUCUUUUGUAUUUUGUCCAAACAUUUCUUUAGUUUUGAGCACAUGAGGUUUUAUAAGAGGACCAGUAUUUCCACGUUGCACAUUUCCUAAAGGAUUACCAUUUGUAGCUAUAAUACAAUCCUUUCAGACCUCUAUUGUGUCUUGCUAACUAAAGGGUUGGCAAGCAUUAAGCAUGUAACCAGCAUGUAAUUAGAGGGUUCCGGUAUCUCUGGCUCCAGCUGGUCCUUCUAAACGCAUAAAGACUUUCUCACCAAGGAUUAUGUUUGUGAUAAGGUCUUGAUUAGGAGUGUGUAAUGGGCACAUUUUCACUCACCCUGAAAAUCGAGUUCAUGUACAACUUAUUUGCUUCGACGGCUUCACUACGUAAAUAAAAAUUGAUUUGUAAUAA